AUGUCCUCAGAGCAGGCCCUCAACAAGAAGGGGUGGGAGGAAGAGGAGGACGUCCGCCUUCUGGAACUCCACGCAUCUUUUGGCCCGAAUUGGACACACAUCGCAAGGGGCAUGGGCACAAAAUCGGCCAAGCAAUGCCGGGAGAGGUACACCCAGCAGCUGCGGCCGGGGCUCAACCGCUCUCCCAUCUCGGAGGACGAGGGCCGGCGGAUCAUGGAGAUGGUCCAGGAGUCGGGCCAGCGGUGGGCGCAGAUCGCCAGGGCGCUCGGCACCAACCGCAGCGACAACCAGGUGAAGAACUGGUGGAACGGCGCCAAGCGGAAGGAGACGUCCAAGAGACAAGACGCAGCCCAGAAGCAGAGCCAGCGGCACCCCCUGGACCACUCCCCAUCCCCAGCAUUCGCCGGCCUCCCCGAGCGGCGAGGCAUCCUCCCCCCGGUCCCCCUCGAUCUUCCCUUCGCGCAUGACAGCCUCAGCGUCAGCCUCGAGGCGCGGUCUCGGUCCUCAUCCGCUCGUUCUUACGACUCGGAGCGGCCACCUUCGCUCGUGUCCGAUACCGGGUCAUCCUGGAGCAUCUCACAGCCGGCAUCCGCAUCAGGGUCCCCGACGUCCUCCCUAGCUCGCCCGCUUCUGUCUUUCCAGCAUCCGGACGCCUACGCUAGCUGCCGCAUGCCCGGCCAAGGCUCUGAGCCGGGUCGCUGGCCCUCCACGGUCCCACAGCCGAGUGUUUACUACGCCAGCACAACUCCCACCCCGCCACUCGGCCCCAUGUACUCAGCCGCCGCGACUUUCCCUCCCGACCGCCCCGUUGCCUUACCGCCACUCCAAUUACCCCCGGCCCAUUCGGACAGUGGCUACUUUGAAGCCCACAACAACAACAGCAAGCCGGGCUGCUUCGGGCCAGUUCGCCGUUCUUCCGAGGUCUUGCAGCCCGGGGGCCUCUCGCCCCAGAGUCCCUACGCCAGGACCGCACCAACCACUCCCACCGUCCGCGCUACAUCCUCUCGUUGGGAGCCAUACCCGACACGCCGGCCCAGCGCCACAGCAUCAUACCAGCCACAGCUGGACAACGGGAUGAGUGCUAAAGGCUCGCUUUCUUUCCUGCUUAAUUGA